AUAUCUCGAUAUUUUCAUGGCCGCGAAACAAAAUGGCUGCAGAGGGUGGAUAUUCGGCAAGUGUCAAUAGUAGUGAUUAAACAUUUUGACUGAAUAAGAAUAAACUUAUAUAUUUAAAUAUUAAAAUUAAUUAUUUUGAAGUAGUUACAUAUUACAAUCAUGAUUCGUUUUAUUUUAAUUCAAAAUAGAGCUGGUAAAACUAGACUUGCUAAAUGGUACAUGAAUUUUGAUGACGAUGAAAAACAAAAAUUGAUCGAAGAAGUUCAUGCAGUAGUUACUGUUAGAGAUGCCAAACAUACUAAUUUUGUAGAAUUCCGCAAUUUUAAGAUUGUCUAUAGACGAUAUGCAGGUUUAUAUUUUUGCAUUUGUGUAGAUGUAAAUGAUAAUAAUCUUUGUUACUUGGAAGCAAUUCAUAAUUUUGUGGAGGUUUUAAACGAAUAUUUUCACAACGUAUGCGAAUUGGACUUAGUCUUUAAUUUUUAUAAGGUGUAUACAGUAGUAGAUGAGAUGUUUCUAGCUGGUGAAAUUAGAGAGACCAGUCAAACUAAAGUGUUAAAGCAGUUAUUGAUGCUGAACUCCUUAGAAUAAGUCAACUUAUUCCUUUAUAAAGUAUUCAGAGAUACUCUGAAGAUUGUUUAUUUAUAAAGAAAGUUGGUAAUUAUGUAAUUUACAAUGCGUUUAAAUUAUUGAAAAGAAUGCAGGAAUAUAGCUAUAUUAUUCAUAAUCUUACAAAUAAAUGUCAUAUACAUCACAGUAACAAUUAUACAUGUUACUUUAUCAUUUGAAUGUAAUACACGUUCCUACUUUUUUGUUACUUGUGAAAUAAUAUAUAUAAUUAAAAAAUAUCUAUUCUAUUAAUUUUAAGAAUAAGGCAUUUCUUGCAGUAAAUAGAAGACGUUUAGUGAUAUAAUUAUUAAAAUCAGAUUAAUUCUGAUUGAAAGAUAAAAUCAUGAUAUAUUAUUGAGAUUAUAUCAUAAACAAAACAAAAGAUGAACAUGUUUGUUAUUUAAAUACAAAUGAAAUUGUAUUUUUUGUUCUUUUUUUUUUUUUUAUUUAAUUCUACAGAACACCCAUAUCUCAGUGUCAUUACAUUUUUUUUCAAGCAGAAAUGUGUUAUGUAUUAUUACCGUGUUAUGUAUAUACACUUUCUUUGUGCAUAUACGAAGAAUAAUCUAUAAUCGUACGUUAGUCAAUGUUAAUGUGUACCUGAUGUAAAAAAUAUUGUUUGAAACAUAUGAUAUAAGAUGCAAAAAGUUUUGUUUCUCGUAUUUUAUUAAAUAAGAGAGACGUCGGUUCUGUGCA